ACUAGCGACCAGUUGCAUCAUUGCGUGCGUGUCCACGAGCCAGACGGCGUAGAGGAAGUUCGCAGUCACAUGAUGGACAUCAACGCUGACCCCAGCGAGCUCAAUUCCAGCCUCCCCCAGGCUACGAAGGCUGCCGCAAUGACCGCCGACAUGGAGGAGAAGACGCCGCCAAAAGGCUGCAAGAAGCAGCUCGUGGCCUGUCGCAUCGAAGGCCACAAGAUACAGAAGAGGCUCUCGCCUAAGAAGAAGGCGCUCGACCCACUGCGCUAUCUACCGGACCACGGCGGGUACUACGCACUGUUUACUAUCGCCGCGUACUUCGAGGCCGAAGGGGACGAAGCUACAGAACGGCACCAUGUUGUGCAGCGAAGCUACAAACAGUUUUGCACGCUGCAUUCUCGACUGUUGAAGACGUAUCCCAAGUCGCAUUUGCCGAAAGGUUUACCCGCAAUGCGCAACAAGAGAUACGACAACGAGUACAUUGAAGAAAAGCGCAACGAAUUGACAAAGUAUUUGGCGCAACUGAUGCAAAUUCCGGAAGUCAAGGCGUCAAAUGUGCUGCGUGAUUUCCUGGAAGCGUCGACGGCUGCGGAGGACAGCAGCGACGACGAAGAUGGACUUGUGACUCCGUCGAGAAUGUUGGAGGGGCUUCCGGGUACGAUCGUCACUGUGCGAGCUGGACAAUCAUUCUCAGUGACAUUGCCCCUGAGUGCUGCGGGGGAUGUGGCGUCGUGGCAAUUUACCACCAAAAAGCACAAUAUUGGCUUCAGUGCCACUUUUGAAGGAGAAAUGAUUCGUGCAUACUCACGGGAAGGAGCGGAUGUGAAACCGGUGAAGGGAUUUUAUCGAUGCACCACCGCUGGUACAUGCACUCUUACGUGGGACAACACGUAUACUUGGAGUAAAGCCAAGGUGCUAAUUUACUGGGCGGAGGUGGAGUCGCAGAAUGGGACACCGCAACAGAGUACACAGCGUCACGCGUUAACAGCGUCUGCUACAUCACAAGAUGGAACUGUGUCAACUGAAAACACAGAAGCUGCAUUGACGGGUAGUGGAUCAGAUACUGUGGAUAUGGAUAAUCGCCGACUCGGAUUUAUUGAGCACACCCGAAGCAACUCGAUGCAUCCGCGGCAUCUGGUGAACUCAUCCAUUUCACUGCUUUCUAAGCCGUUUGUGCACGGUCAUGACGAUGGCUCUGCACAUGGAAAAGCCCGACGUUUGAUCCCUGGGAGAGCGACUUCAGCCCCUGCGCUCACGAUUCCGAGCUACUUACAAGCUUCGGAACACGGUCCUCAAGUGAAGGCUGGAUCGCUUAUUAUUCAGCGCAGUGUCAAGUUCCGUGGACGCAAUUGGUAUCGCAAGUGGUUCGUCCUGGACCCUCGCAAAUGUGUUCUGCGGUAUUAUGAUUCGGAGGCUGCUGCUCGCCGAGGGUUGUCACUGGCCAAGCUCAAUCUGACCAACAAGCACGCAUCCCUGGCUAUCACCAGCAGUCUGAGCUUGGACGCCGCUCCUACGCCCUAUAUGUUUCUCAUCCGUACCAAGAAACAUUGCUGGAAGAUCUGUGCGCCUUCACAAAGUGAGUACAACGAGUGGGAAAACGCCAUCUCAACAGCCAUUUUGACUGCGCAGCUCUCACGUCGAGGCAGGAAGAGCAAGAAGGCGAUGGUUAAAGCGGCAAAAAAGUCUGCAGUGGUGCGAAAAGAUUCUCAGGCAAGUGACUCGGAGGAUGAGACGCCGAAGGCUGGCGCAAUGACGGACAUCAAUGGCAAUGAUGUGGCAACAAUGAGCUCUUGUCGCGACCCAGAUAGACCACUGAGUCCAAUUGAAGAAUCAGACGACGAUGAUGAUGACUCGGACAAUAAAGACGAUGGAGAUUCUGAUGAUGACGAUGAAUCUGAGUCCGACUCAGACGAUGAACUGCAUGAAGGCGACGACAUUGAAGUUGUCCAACCUAUUGUGGACACUGGCUCGCCGAUGCACAUUCAAAGCGAGGCCGUUGGAAGCAUGCCGGACUUGCAAAAGCUUCCAUUAGAAUGGAAGCUUGGUCUUGCUGCCGUGCUGAAUGUGGCGCUUUUGUCAGUGCGAUCCGCCCCCACUGUGGUCAUUGUGCUGGUGCUGUUUAUCAUGGACUGGUACUUGCUACUCCUGUACAUGAAAAACACAAGCGACAAUGAACUGAACUCGUCGUCAAUGGCAAAACCCAAGACGGAAUAAUUUAAAACGUAAAAGAGAAAGGAGCGAUUGUUUUUUGUGUGAAGCGAGAGUUAGUUGUCUAUCUUGUUGCUCAGUAGUUCGAGGUAGUCCGGGUGUUCCCACACAUCCAGGCGUUUAGCUAGUGUUGGGAAUUCACGCUCGAUCGUGGUGAGAAUGUGGUUAAUAACCAACUCGUUGCCCUUCUGGUUGAAGUGAAGCCCGUCGUAUUGGCAAGCACAGCG